AUGGCUGCUUUUAUGAAUGAGCGUACUCGGUAUUUGGCCACUCUACAACAGAAGUAUCAACGACCGUCACUACCAACCCCUAAGGUUGAGUAUCAACAGCCAUUGGUUCGAUCUGACCCUCCGAGACCGCAACAACAACGUCUAGAGUUCCCAGUCUUCACUGACCCGACUGAUCUGGCUGCCAAGCUGUUCAAGGAUGAAGGUUCUUUCAGGAGGCUCCAUAUGGGCUCUCGUCGUCGUGACAGUCGCUGCUCUCUACACCGAUUGCUAGGGAGGGCUUGCAAGGGUAGGGGGACUCAAGUUGUCACAGAAUGCGAGUUCAAGGCCAACUAUGGUGUAUGGACCCUCGCCGGUCUGGACCGCAUCAAGAGUCUCCGGUCGAAGGGUUACACAAGCGCUCAAAUAUAUAGCGCAGUUGAAGCAGCAGCUGGUAUUGCACUACCAAUGCUUGAGAGGCUUCAAUAUCUUGAAGAAGCUCCUGGUAGUCGGAUCGCUAAGGCAUUGACAUUGCCAGGUAAGGCGGCGAGUGGUAAUGCCGUAAAGCAUCACAGAGGCCCCACCAAGGCCGAACUCAUGGCUAUAUGGGCGAUGUUAGAGGUACGUCAUCUGAAUGAGAGGGCAAGCGAAAGUGCGCUGUGAAUCUUCUUGUGACUUACGGUAAGCCGUAUAUCUCGCUUGCUGCGAUAAUGAGUAAUGUAUAAUGUAGCUGUAUUAUCUCCGUAUUACUCGCUGGAUAGUAUCCAGUACUCAACUGUAAUCAAUACUCAUAACUCAACUUCAACAA